UCCUCCAACUAUGAAAAAGCCUGAAGUUCCAGCUGUGCCAAAGCCUGAGAUCCCGACUAUGCCAAAGCCAGAAAUCCCAGAACUACCAAAGUCAAAAGUCCCAGAGCUUCCAAAGCCAGAAGUCCCAGCUGUGCCAAAGCCAGAAAUCCCAGAACUACCAAAGCCAGAAGUCCCAGAGCUUCCAAAGCUAGAAGUCCCAGUUGUGCCAAAGCCUGAGAUCCCGACUAUGCCAAAGCCAGAAUUACCAAAGCAAAAAGUCCCAGAGAUUCCAAAGCUAGAAGUUCCGGCUGUGCCAAAGCCUGAGAUCCCGGCUAUGCCAAAGCCAGAAAUCCCAAACCCAAAAGUCCCAGAGCUUCCAAAGCCAGAAGUACCAACUAUGUCAAAGCCUGAGAUUAUGUCAAAGCUGGAAAUCCCAGAACUACCAAAGAUAAAAGUCCUAGAGCUUCCAAAGCUAGAAGUACCAGAUGUAGAGGUGUUCAUGGUUUGGUUUAGGUCGGUUAUUGAUUAA